AUGAGAGGGAUCCUUGUUGAUUGGUUAAUUGAGGUGCAUUACAAGUUUGAGCUGAUGGAAGAGACCCUUUACCUCACAAUCAACCUCAUAGACAUGUUUCUUGUGGUUGCUAACCAUGUCCCACGGAAAAAGCUUCAGCUUGUGGGUGUAACAGCUUUGUUGCUUGCUUGCAAAUACGAAGAAGUCUCGGUUCCGGUUGUUGAUGAUCUUAUCGUGAUCUCUGACAAGGCGUACACUAGAAGAGAAGUUCUUGACAUGGAGAAGUUAAUGGCGAAUACCUUGCAAUUCAAUUUCUGUCUGCCUACUCCGUAUGUGUUCAUGAGGAGGUUUCUGAAAGCUGCACAAUCUGACAAAAAGGUGGAGCUUCUAUCAUUCUUCAUCAUAGAGCUUUGCUUAGUGGACUACGAGAUGCUUCAGUACGCUCCUUCUCGGAUUAAAUUUUGA